AGUAAAGCGCCUUUAAGCUGGUUUCCCGACCGCCAUUGAACCCGAAGAAGCAGACCCUCCGGUGCCGGUAGACAUUGCCGGAGCUCCUGCAGCUGCAGGGACUAACCAGUGAACCCGGGAGAGUCGAGUGAAGACCAGAGAUACACCCUGUCAUCAUGUCCGGUGGUCCCGCAGUGAGGGUCAGCAUUGAGUCUACCUGUGAGAAGCAGGUGCAGGAAGUGGCCCUAGAUGGCACAGAGACAUACGUCCCCCCUCUGUCCAUGUCCCAGAACUUGGCAAAGUUGGCUCAAAGGAUUGACUUCAGCCAAGGAUCGGACUCAGAGGAGGAGGCGGUCGCGGUCGAGGCCGAACCGAGGGACCGUGAGUGGGGCAAACAGGAGCCAGAGGAAGAAGAAGGCACAGUGAAGUUUCAGCCAUCUCUUUGGCCCUGGGACUCGGUGCGUAACAACCUGCGCAGUGCCCUGACAGAGAUGUGUGUACUCUAUGAUGUGCUCAGUGUGGUGAAGGAGAAGAAGUACAUGGCCUUAGACCCAGUGUCUCAAGAUCCAACAGCUGGCAAGACCCCCCAGGUGUUCCAGCUGAUGAGUAAAAAGAAAUCAUUGGCCACAGCGGCACAGCUCCUCGUGAAGGGAGCAGAGAAACUCAGUAAGUCAGUAGCAGAGAACAUGGAGAACAGGAGGCAGAGGGACUUCAACUCUGAGCUGCUGCGACUCCGCUCGCAGUGGAAACUACGCAAAGUGGGAGACAAGAUCCUGGGAGACCUCAGCUACCGGAGUGCAGGUUCUCUUUUUCCUCAUCAUGGCACGUUUGAGGUGAUCAAGAACACAGACAUUGAUCUGGACAAAAAGAUCCCAGAGGACUACUGCCCCCUUGAUGUCCAGAUCCCCAGUGAUUUGGAGGGAUCUGCUUAUAUCAAGGUGUCCAUCCAGAAACAAGCUCCAGACAUCGGUGAUCUGGGAACCGUCAACCUGUUCAGGAGACCGCCAAAAACCAAAGCCGGUACCCAGGCGUGGCAUGUGAAGCUCGAGGCGGCUCAGAACGUUUUGCUGUGUAAGGAGAUCUUCGCCCAGCUGUCCAGGGAAGCUGUCCAGAUUAAAUCCCAGAUCCCUCACAUUGUUGUGAAGAAUCAGAUCAUCUCACAGCCCUUCCCAGGUCUGCAGCUCUCCAUCUCACUGUGCCACUCCACGGGAGAGAAGAAGAACCAUCGGGCGUCUCCAGAGAAACCCAAACCAGACGACCACCUUUACGUACUGGAACACAACCUACACCAAAUGAUGAGAGAGUUCCACAAGCAGCAGCUGAGCUCUGUGGUGAUGCCACAUCCUGCUAGCGCCCCCUUUGGCCACAAACGCCAGCGCCUCGCCGGGCCCAUGGCCUACGAUAAAGCUGAAAUCUCCAGCUUGCAGCAUAACGAGGGCCUGCUGGAGAAGAUCAUCAAACAGGCCAAACACAUCUUCCUACGUAGCAGGACGGCACGGACCAUCGACAGCCUGGCCAGCCGCAUAGAAGACCCCCAGAUUCAGGCUCACUGGUCCAAUAUCAACGAUGUGUACGAGUCCAGCGUCAAGGUGCUAAUCACCUCUCAGGGCUACGAGCAGAUCUGCAAGUCCAUUCAGCUGCAGCUGAACAUCGGUGUCGAGCAAAUCCGAGUGGUGCACAGAGACGGGCGUGUUGUCACACUGUCACACCAGGAACAGGAACUGCAGGACUUCCUCCUCUCACAGAUGUCACAGCAUCAAGUACAUGCAGUUCAGCAGCUGGCCAAAGUGAUGGGCUGGCAUGUCCUAAGCUUCAGUAACCAUGUAGGCCUGGGCCCAGUGGAGAGCAUUGGAAAUGCCUCCGCUGUCACUGUUGCCUCUCCCAAUGGAGAGUACGCCAUCUCAGUGCGUAAUGGUCCAGAGAGUGGGUGCAAAGUUUUGGUCCAGUUCCCACGCAGCCAGACCAAAGAGCUGCCGAAGAGCGACGUCAUCCAGGAGGCCAAGUGGAGUCACCUCAGGGGGCCGUGCAAAGAGGUCCACUGGAGCAAGAUGGAGGGACGAAACUUUGUGUACAAGAUGGAGCUCCUCAUGGCCGCGCUGACUCCCUGUCCUUAGAUCCAGCCUCUCGUACACAAAGCCAGGGUUUAUAGAUACAACCAACCACUCCCACAUAGGAUCUACAUUGUGUAGAGAUUAUCAGCCACGACAUCUUCUCUUCCUCAACUCUUCCCUUUCCUUCAUGUACACUUCUUUUUUUUUUUUUUUUUUUUACACACCUUAUGGACUCCUUUCCACCUCCACUAGUGUCUGCUGCCUGCUUUGUUUUUGUCAAUACAAGAGGUGGAUUGUAUAUUACGUAUAUACCUCAAACAAUUUGAUACAGAAUAAAAGCAAGUUUGUGUAAUUGUGCUGAUUUAUAACAUCAUAAGAAUAAAGUUUUGAAUUACAUGUUUUCUAACAACUUCUGGUAAACACUUUGAUGUAUUUUUAUUUUGAGGAAUGUGAUUCUGUAGUCUCGCUUUUUCCUUAUCACAGUAUUUUGGAAAAAUUGAUUUUCUUCUUAGACUGAUCAGUUUGAAGAAAGAACCACGUGUGAGGUUUUAGUAUUACCGUCAGUCAUAUGGAGUACAUUACACAUAACUAUGAAAAUGAGUAUGUAACUGUCUUCUUUCUUUGUUUAGGUUUUUUCUUUGUUUAAAGCUCUGAAGACCUGACAAGUAGUCAUAUAAUUGUCUAUCAUCAUUGCAUCUAAAAGUCUGAUACAGACUACACCUGCUGUAUUUUUUUUAAACACCUGCUUCAAGUUUAGAAAAUUAGUCUGUUAAGAAGCCAUAAGUAAAAGACACAAUUCAUUUGCUUAGACAAUAAAUACAGUAUGUAUUGUU